AGAAUUUGGAAUAAGCCUCGUAAGCAACCAUUAAGUAACUUUAAAUACCCUUGCUUAGUUGCCUUGGUUUAUUGUCGAGUACUCCACUUCUCUUUUCUUUUUUUUUUUUUGGCUUGAAAAAUUCCCAGAAAAAUGGAGAAAAAAAUGAAAGCCCUCCUUGAUACCAUCACCUUUCUUGUAUUUCUUUUCUUCGACUUUGUUGAUGUUGUUCUUUGUGUGGCAUACAAAUUACUCGAUGAGUUGUUUGAAGCUAAACCCUUUCCAUGUUAUUGCGGGAAAAAGUUGGAGACGAAGGAAUUGUCAGAGACCUUGUUUUGGAGGAAAAACGUUUUCCGAGGAAUGGGUUUCCUUAGUUUUGGGAGGAAAACAUGUGAAGCUGUAAAGAAAAGAGAUGAUGGAAAUAGAGGAGAGUUGGUGAAUAGGUGGUCAGAUUGUGGAUGUGGUUCCUGUGUUUCUUGGAUGAAGAAAAGUAAUCAGAAGCUUCAUGUCGUUGUUAAAGAGUUUCCACAAGUAAACAGUGAGGAUGGUCCAAGAGAAGAGGCAACUACUGAAAAUGUGAUAUUCUUACAUGGAUUCCUUUCUUCUUCUUCAUAUUGGACGCACUCAGUUUUCAAGUAUCUAUCUGAGCCUCUAAACCAUCAAAUCUACAGAUAUUUUGCAGUUGAUCUUCUGGGAUUUGGGAAGAGUCCAAAGCCAAAUGAUUGUUUAUAUACUUUAAAUGAUCAUGUGGAGAUGAUUCACAAAUCUGUAAUCUCUGCAUAUGAGUUGAGCUCUUUCCAUUUGGUGGCACAUUCCAUGGGUUGCAAUAUUGCUUUGGCAUUAGCUGCAAAGUACCCAAAGUUUGUCAAAUCAGUCACUCUUGUUGCACCUCCAUACUUUUGUGAUUCAAAUGAUGAAACAAGUUCUUCAAUAGCGCUCAACACAGUUGCUAAAAAAACACUAUGGCCACCACUAGCAUUUGGUAAAUCAGUUAUGUCAUGGUAUGAACAUGUGGGAAGAUUUUUUUGCUUCCUUAUUUGCAAGAACCAUACCACAUGGGAGUGGAUUUUCAAGCUAUUCACUCAAACAAGGGAACUCAACUUCAUGGUAGUAGAUUUAACAAGGCACACCCAUCAUUCAGCAUGGCAUAGCAUGCACAAUGUGAUAUGUGGAGGAUCAAAGUUUACGGAUGAUUAUGUGGGAAUUUUGAUUAAUGCCAAAGUAAAGGUUUGGGUCAUCCAUGGUGAUCAAGAUCUGACUGUUCCAUUAGACUGCAGCAACAACUUGAAGAUGAAAUUCCCUCAACUGAAACUCAUCAUUGUUCAAAACGUUGAUCAUGGGACUGUCAUUUUUCAUAGAAAGAGGGACUUUGUUAAGAGUUUACAACAUAUUUGGGCAACAUCUUAAAUAUGGUAAAUCAUCAUUUUAAAUACAUCUAUUUAAGGGUUGAAUUAUCUAUUAGAUUUGGUGUAAAUUUAGAAAUAAAUAAUAAUUUUCUAUUAUUAUUUAAUAAUAAA